UUUUUCGGAGGACGUGAAACACGUUAGUUGUUAUGUGAUCGCCGCCGACUGUCAAAAAUCUCGUGAGGAAGUGUUUUUGCUUGAAAUCACGUAAAAUUUUGAAGAAUUUUAGUUUUUAGGUGGUCAAAAUGUUGCGUACGGUUGCAUCAGUUGCAAUCCGUCAGGGACUUCAGGCAAUUCGUACACAACCCGUGAACCGGCUCGUUCCGAAGCCCGCGACCGACAUCGGUGCCCUAACCCGAAGCUUCUCAACCCUCCUUAGAAUCGGCAAUGCUUCAGGGUCCCUGCGAACCCCGUUCACCGUUACUGCCCAACCGACCAACAUCAACUCUACGCUGCAGAGUGCCCUAGUCUCGCCGGUCCAAAGCCAGCAACCCUCCCGAACGGUCAUCAAGUUCUCGAUGGUCAAGGGCAAGCGGAAGAGCGUCAAGCCGGUCAUCAAGCGCUUCAAGCGGCUCGACUGGGGCGGUUGGAUUCGGACCAUGUCCGGCCGGCAUAAGCACAUGUGGAAGAAGUCGGCGGCGCGGAAGCGGCGGCUGCGACAGCAUGUGAUGGUCAACUCGCAGCAGGCCCAUCUGUUGGAUAAGAUGGUCACCAAGUACUGGAAGCGUCCGAAGCAUUACAUUAACGAUCCCUACGAGCCGUAUCAUACGCGGGAGGAGCUGCGCGAGACGAGGAGGAAGCCGGUGCAGUAUUGAGAGAUUUUAGGAAGUGUGAUCGGUUAGAAAUGGAAAUAAAUUUGAGUUGAUUG